CCAGCGUACAGGGCCUCAACUCGAGCCUGCCUUCUCCUGUCCGUAAUACUAAGCACAUACUACUAGCUACUAAUAAGCUAGCUACGUAGCUAUGGCACCCACCGUCAUGGCCUCGUCGGCCACAUCCGUCGCUCCCUUCCAGGGGCUCAAGUCCACCGCCGGCAUGCCCGUCAGCCGCCGCUCCGGCAGCUCCAGCUUCGGCAACGUCAGCAAUGGCGGAAGGAUCAAGUGCAUGCAGGUGUGGCCGAUCGAGGGCAUCAAGAAGUUCGAGACCCUGUCGUACCUGCCGCCGCUGAGCGUGGAGGACCUCCUGAAGCAGAUCGAGUACCUGCUGCGGUCCAAGUGGGUGCCGUGCCUCGAGUUCAGCAAGGUCGGCUUCGUCUACCGCGAGAACCACAGGUCCCCCGGGUACUACGACGGCAGGUACUGGACCAUGUGGAAGCUGCCCAUGUUCGGGUGCAGCGACGCCACCCAGGUGCUCAAGGAGCUCGAGGAGGCCAAGAAGGCGUACCCUGACGCCUUCGUGCGCAUCAUCGGCUUCGACAACGUCAGGCAGGUGCAGUGCAUCAGCUUCAUCGCCUACAAGCCCCCGGGCUCCGACUAAUCUGGCGGCGCCGGCCUGAGCUAGGUGACCAGCCAUAGCAGCUCACUCGUGAUGAGCACUAUAUAUAUACUACAGUGAAGUCUCGAUCGAUCUAUUCGGUUUUGGCAGCUUUGAACGUUCGAUCGGGCCACCUUUUGUUUCCCUUCUCCCAGUUUGUUAAUUCCGUUUUUCAACUUGUUUGUGUCAGUAUCAACUGUGUAUGUAUGUACGUAUGUAUGUAUCAACGUAGGUUGAGGAGCAUGCAUAUGCAAAUGUGAAUGCUAGCACCGGCUAGUCCCAUAUACACAUACACAUCGUAAUAUAUUGUACAAAUCGUCAAAAACGAUCGAUGCAUAUCUGUAAUAUUAUGCAAUGUACUUCAUACGAAGUAAAGUUGAUGCUUCUGGUCUCCA